CAAGUAAGAAUAAACACAUAAAUGUGGAGCCAAACUCGAAAUUUCCCUUCACAUGAAAAAAAGAAAUAAAACAAAGAGACAAAUGAAAUCCAAUAGGGUCCCAUUAUACAUGUCGUCUCGGUUCGUGUGUUCCUCAAACUCCCACUUUCACUGUUCUUUUUCUUUCUUCUUGGGAUGUCCGAAAAAUAAAACAAAUACGUAGAAAACAAAUACCAAAGUUAAUCACAACAAUCUCUCAUAUCUUUCACACAACACACACUUGCACAGUGUCUCCCAUGUUACUGUACAAAGACACACAUCUCAGUUUAUAUAAAUAUAUGCCCUCACUCAUCAACUUCCUCUUAUUAUAAACCUUAUUCAACAUUUCUCUUUCUUUCUAAUUCUCUCUCUCUCUCUCUCUCUCUCUGUCUCUCUGAAGACAUACAUAUUUAAUGGAGGAGCUGGAUUUUGGUUCAAAAACAACUACUUCUCGUCUAAAGUUAUUUGGAUUUAGUGUUGAUGGAGAAGAAGAUUUCUCCGAUCAAUCAGUCAAAACUAGCCAAUCUUCUGUAUCACCUGAACGUGGAGAAUUUCCGGCGGGAUCUUCCGGAAGAAGUGGCGGUGGUGUACGAAGCCGAGGCGGAGGAGGAGGAGGAGGAGAACGUAAGUACGAGUGUCAGUACUGUUGUAGAGAGUUUGGUAACUCACAAGCCUUAGGUGGUCACCAAAACGCUCACAAGAAAGAGCGUCAACAGCUUAAACGCGCUCAGCUUCAAGCUACACGAAACGCAGCCGCGAAUUUCUCAAACGCUGGAUCAGCGUCUCAGUUUUUAAGGAAUCCUAUAGUCUCUGCUUUUGCUCCUCCGCCUCAUCUUUUAUCAUCAUCCGCCGUGUCUCAGCCUAUGGGAGGUCCUUGGAUGUAUAUUCCGCGUGUCUCUCCCUCUCAGCUGCACGUGUCGCAUGGUUGCGUGAUUCAGGAUGGUUCGGGUGGUGCGAGUACGGGCGGGUUCUCGUAUGAGUAUGGGGCUCGUGAUUCAGGGUUUGGAGUAGUUGGGCCUCAGAUCAGACAUGUUCAGGCCCAUGGGCCGAGACCAUCGGGUAAUGGGUUUUCAAGAGAAGUGGGAACUACUUUUGAUGAUGGUUUAGGGUUGGAUUUGCAUCUCAGUCUUGCACCAGCUGGUCAUUGACGGUUUUCUUUUUAAGCUCUUGUAUAUUUUUCAACAUUUUAAUUAUUUUUUUUUAUUUUUAAUGAUUUUUUUCUUCUCUAUCAACAUUUUUAGUGACUUUAAAUUCCAGUAAUUUUUUGCCUAAUAAUAUUUUAGACUCCAAUUAUGCUUCCUACCCCAAAAAAG